GGCUAGCUGCCCCGCCCCGCGCCUGACUUCGUUGGGGAGGGAGACGCCCGGCUCCCGCCCCUAACUAGCCCAGCCGCGCGGAGCGCCUGGGAGAGGAGAAGGAGCCGACCUGCUGAGAUGGAGGCGACCGGCACCUGGGCGCUGCUGCUGGCGCUGCUCCUGCUGCUGACGCUGGCGCUGUCUGGGACCCGGGCCCGAGGCCACCUGCCCCCCGGGCCCACGCCGCUACCACUGCUGGGAAACCUCCUGCAGCUACGGCCCGGGGCGCUGUAUUCGGGGCUCAUGCGGCUGAGUAAGAAGUACGGACCGGUGUUCACCAUCUACCUGGGACCCUGGCGGCCUGUGGUGGUCCUGGUUGGGCAGGAGGCUGUGCGGGAGGCCCUGGGAGGUCAGGCUGAGGAGUUCAGCGGCCGGGGAACCGUAGCGAUGCUGGAACGGACUUUUGAUGGCCAUGGGGUUUUCUUCUCCAACGGGGAGCGGUGGAGGCAGCUGAGGAAGUUUACCAUGCUUGCUCUGCGGGACCUGGGCAUGGGGAAGCGAGAAGGCGAGGAGCUGAUCCAGGCGGAGGCCCGGUGUCUGGUGGAGGCAUUCCAGGGCACAGAAGGACGACCAUUCGAUCCCUCCCUGCUGCUGGCCCAGGCCACCUCCAACGUAGUCUGCUCCCUCCUCUUUGGCCUCCGCUUCUCCUAUGAGGAUAAGGAGUUCCAGGCCGUGGUCCAGGCAGCUGGUGGUACCCUGCUGGGAGUCAGCUCCCGGGGGGGUCAGACCUACGAGAUGUUCUCCUGGUUCCUGCGGCCCCUGCCAGGCCCCCACAAGCAGCUCCUCCACCACGUCAGCACCUUGGCUGCCUUCACAGUCCGGCAGGUGCAGCAGCACCAGGGGAACCUGGAUGCUUCAGGCCCCGCACGUGACCUUGUCGAUGCCUUCCUGCUGAAGAUGGCACAGGAGGAACAAAACCCAGACACAGAAUUCACCAACAAGAACAUGCUGAUGACAGUCAUUUAUUUGCUGUUUGCUGGAACGAUGACGGUCAGCGCCACGGUCGGCUAUACCCUCCUGCUCCUGAUGAAAUACCCUCAUGUCCAAAAGCGGGUACGUGAGGAGCUGAAUCGGGAGCUGGGGGCUGGCCAGGCACCAAGCCUAGGCGACCGUACCCGCCUCCCUUACACCGACGCGGUUCUGCAUGAGGCGCAGCGGCUGCUGGCGCUGGUGCCCAUGGGAAUACCCCGCACCCUCAUGCGGACCACCCACUUCCGAGGGUACACCCUGCCCCAGGGCACGGAGGUCUUCCCCCUCCUUGGCUCCAUCCUGCAUGACCCCAACAUCUUCAAGCACCCAGAAGAGUUCAACCCAGACCGUUUCCUGGACGCAGAUGGACGGUUCAGGAAGCAUGAGGCGUUCCUGCCCUUCUCCUUAGGGAAGCGUGUCUGCCUUGGAGAGGGCCUGGCAAAAGCAGAGCUCUUCCUCUUCUUCACCACCAUCCUACAAGCCUUCUCCCUGGAGAGCCCAUGCCCGCCGGGCACACUGAGCCUCAAGCCCACCAUCAGUGGCCUUUUCAACAUCCCCCCAGCCUUCCAGCUGCAAGUCUGUCCCACUGAUCUUCACUCCACCACGCAGACCAGAUGAAGGAAGGCGACUUGGAAGUGGUGGGUGCCCGGGACGGUGCCUCCAGCCUCAACAGUGGGCAUGGACAGGGUUAAUGUCUCCAGAGUGUACACUGUAGGCAGCCACAUUUACACACCUGCAGCUGUUUUCCGGAGUCUGUCCCAUGGCCCACACACUCACUUGACUCAUGCUGCUGUUAAGAUGCACAACCACACACCCAUACACAACUACAAGGGCCACAAAGCAACUGCUGCGUUAGCUUUCCACAGACAUAAAUAUACUCCAUCUGCAAUCACAAGCACAUAGCCAGGUAACCCACCAACUCCCCUGGAUCUGCAACCUACACGUGGGAGUCUGGCUGUCACCUUCACAAGCCACAGAAACAGCCACACAUGUUCGCAGCUCACACGCCCUCUCCAUUCAUCAAACUCUCAGUGUCCCUGUCUCUGGUGCCUGGCACAGGGAACAGCAUGCCCCCUCCAGGGUCAUGCCACCGAGGGACUGUCACUGUCUAUGGCCCCACCUCGUGCUCCCUCUCGUGGCUGCACCACUCUCCCGGCCUGUGACCACCGAUGUCCACACACCCCCAACCACUGGUCCACACAGCUACCCACAUAAGGCAUCGUCCUGGCUCCCCAGAGUAUCUUCCCACUGAGACACACCGCUCCCACGGAGGCACAGUCCCCAGCCACCUCCACAACUGCAGCCCUCAGUCAGCCCUUGUUAAGCACCCUGAUUCUACCAAAUGCAAACACAUCUGGGUCUGCGAUUAUGCACAGAGACUUUGGACAUACGAGGACCCUCAGACCGGAGGAACACCUGCCCAACCCCAACACGUGCUUAUGUAACCAUGUGGAAAGUGGCCCCUGCUGCCCCUCCACACACACAUACACACUGAUCUACAGCCCCUAUUUGGCGUCAGAGUCCCCACUAGACCCAGUGGAAGGGGUUAGAGACCAAGUAGGGGCCAGUUUCCAAUUCACCCUGUCAGGGAGUGAGCCGGAUCUGACGUUCCUUGUGACUUAGGGUCGGGCUUGAGAAUUAAAAUUUGUUUCUGGCUUUUAGCCUA